AGCCACAUUGGCGCCGCCACCUGCAGCCGCUUCGACGAUGGACGGGAGCAUCGCUCGCCCCCGACGUCAGUCGUUGCUUAUUGGACAACGCUCACUUGACGUUUACAACGAGGUGGAUCAAGGACCUCGAUUUGUCCGAUGGAUUAUUGGAAAAUUCCGCAAAUGGGGUUUCCUGAUCGCCAAGCACGCCUGGCUUGCUAUAUUAAUCUGCCUUAUUAUCUCCACACUUGCCAUAGUGAAAAUUUUACUCACCAAACAAGCAAAUGAUAUCACAGGAUAUACACCUUACGGAGCACGAGCAAAAGACGAGUAUCUAGAGUAUCAGAAGUUUUUCUCAAGCUCAGGAUUGCCUAUCGCCGCCUAUCUUUAUAUUGUGGCAAAGGAUGAAGGAAGUAUGUCACGCCCGGAUUACUUGGAUGAAACCAUUCAAGUUUUGAAUUUCGCUUUGAACAAUAUCACAAUGUAUGAUUCGAUUUCUGGAAAGAGUGAGACAUUCAAUCAGUUUUGCCAGAGUUUCUGCCAAAUCAAUGAACCAGUUCGGCAGUUUUAUAAUGGUUACCAAAUUUUGAGUGAUGGGGAACAAAAUUCGAGAAUUAAGAUUCAGUACCCAGUAUCUGAUAUGUUUGGAAGACAGUUUUCUCUUCAGCCAAACUUUUUUGGAGUUGAAUUGUUCGAUCAACCAGAUGACGCAGCUAAACUUCUUGACUCUGCUGACGGAGAUCCAGUCAUUGAACUAAACGCCACUAAACUCGUCGAUCCGGUCUCCAGGAUAACAAAUGUAAAGUCAGUCAAAAUGAUUACAUUGCAAUUUCGUGCCGAACACAAGCCUGGAUGGACCGAAGCACAGGUGAAAAAAUGGGAAAUGAGUUUGGUGGACAUUUUUGAAAAACGAUACAAUUCCAAACGUUUGAAAAUUUACGCUUAUUCUCAAUCAUACGUGGAAGAGGAGAUGGUUCGAGGCGGAAUUAUCAUGAUUCCCUACCUCGUUGUAGGAUUUGCUAUAAUGUGCCUCUGUAGUUGCGUGCUCGUUAUGAUACGUGCUCUGUACAUGCAUCAAGAGAAUGGAUAUAAAAUCAUUCUCGCAAUUAUGGCAUGUCUGACUCCUCUUUUGGCUUGUGCCACUGCACUGGCUCUCAUGUUCCUGUGCGGAGUUCGGUUCGCUUCAAUUCUCUGUGUCAUUCCAUUUUUGGUCCUUUCCAUUGGUGUCGAUUCAUCAUAUCUCAUGAUCCACGAAUGGCAGCGGGUCACGAAGCACAUGCGUGAGACUCCAAGGAAGAAGGACAGUGUCGGACAUCGCAUGAGCGAAGUCAUGGCCGAAGUUGGUCCCGCGAUUCUCAUUUCCUGUCUGACUAACAUGUUUGCCGAUGCUGUUGGCUCAUUCACUUCAUCACCUGAAAUUACGUUGCUUUGUACUGGAAACAUGUUGUCAAUGUGGUUUGCCUUCAUCUAUCAAAUGACAUUUUACGCUGGAUUGAUGUCGAUAGUCGGUGGAUAUGAAUUCGGAUCGGACGAAAUUGACAAAAAUCGAAUGGAAAUCAACAUUGCGGAAAAUCGUGUGAACAUUGCUCGGCAUCACAGACCCCUUACCCGUCAACCCUCAAAAUUCCACGAAGCCACUCAACCAAUUAUCAGUGAUUCUCUACAAAAAUAUACACAUUUGAUGACGACACCGCUGGUUUUUGUGUCAGUUUGCCUCGUUUACAUUGCUUAUCUAGCAUUCAGUGUCUAUGGAAUCACCCAGCUGAAUAUUAAUCUGACUGCUCAGAAGCUGUUUGCGCUGGAUUCUCCUUUGCUAGAGCUUGAUGAUUUGAGAAUUAAGUAUCAAGUACCCGUGUAUUCCAUGGCUACGGUUUUUGUUAACACUCCAGGAAAAUUGGAAAAUCCUGCAAGAUUGAAAAGGCUUAACGAAUUUGUCCGUGAAAUGGAAUCAAUAAAUGGCACAUGGGGAGAAGGUUGGGGUGAACUUGGAACAAAAUACUUCGUUAGAGAUUAUGACGUGUUCCAGCAAUCAUUCGGGAGUGAAGAUGAAGAUGACGAAGAUUUUAUGGACGAUGAUAAGCCAGUUACAGUGCACUCCGACGAUAAGAUGACUUAUAGAGAGGAUGAGCUCAAGUACUUCCUAAAAUGGCCUGAAUACGAUUUUUGGCAAGGAUUCGUCAAGUUACGAAAUGCAACAAACUCAACAGAUCCAGAAGCUGAAGAACUGGACCGUUUCUUCUUCACUACCGGAUAUCACGGAGAUAAUCUGACAAUUUGGACGCAGCGUGGAGAAAUGCUUAGAGCUUGGAGACAAGUCGUGGACAAGUAUCCUGACUUUGGCGCGUCGGUGUUCCACGAGGAUGGUGUCUAUCUUGAUCUCAUCGACAAUAUGCCUACUGACACGUGGCAAUCGAUUCUCGGAACUCUCGUUUGCAUGGCAAUGGUGUGCUUUGUUUUCCUGAACAAUUGGUUUACUGUAGCUAUUGCCUCACUCUCCGUUUUGUCAAUUUGUGCUGGAAUUCUAGGAUUUUUGUCAUGGUGGAAAGUGGAUUUAGAUCCAAUCACAAUGGCUGCAAUGAUUAUCUCCAUUGGGUUCUCUGUCGAUAUUCCCGCUCACGUAUCAUAUCAUUACUAUCAAGCUUCAAUACAAGAAGGACCCAUGUCUCCGCCAUCAUCUCGUCUUGCAAACUGUCUAUCUUCUGUUGCAUUCCCAGCAUUGCAGGCAGCGUUGUCCACAAUUUUGUGUGUCUGCAGUCUAUUAUUUGUUAACCUGUAUAUGGCAGAAGUAUUCGUGAAAACCAUGGUGUUAUGUGUAGUACUGUGCAAUCUUCAUGGUCUCGUGUUCUUACCUGCUAUCUUGAUUCUUUUGGAUUCUAUUCGAUGGGCUUGUAGGCCUAAGGGUGCUGCUGCACAACGUCCAAAGCAGCCAAAAACCAAUUCUCGCCAGAAACAGAAAAACGACAAAGUUCAGCCGGAAAAGAGUGUGGUCACUGAUCGACCGGAAAUCUAAAAAAAACCAUUAAUUAUAUUUCUUUUUAACUUCUCCACCUAUUAAUCUCAUGACACAAACCUCUGUUCCAUUUGAGUUUCCCGUUUCCUUCCAGUUUUCUGAAAAUAUUCGUCCCCACCAAAAAGUCCGGGUUUUUAUAGUGUUGCCCAAGUUUUCAUUUUUCGUGUUUUUUGUUUUUGUGUACAUUUUGUGCUUUGCUGAUCAUACCUAUUAGAAAUUUUCAAAGUGAAGAAUUGAUUUUUUUCCGGUGAUUUUCCGACAUCUUCUUGAGUUUCAUUUUGCCAAGCUAGAAAUAAAAGCAUUGAAAAUAU